CGUGCGCCUCGGCUAAAGUAGCAAAACAAGCUCCGGUGUUUUCGUCUGUCUGCGCUGUUCCGCUUCGUUCUGCGCUGUUUUCCGUGUUUUCCGCUCCGGACUGCACGAUGGAGAAUCUUCCACGGCUCCGGAGGGGCUUCCGGGACGUUUAACGGUUUCCAGGUUGAAGUUUGAAGCUCACGCUGCUCCCAGCUAGCAGCUAGCAGCUAGCAGCUCGGCUAACAGACGCAGUGUGGACGUUUUGAAAGCCGUCAUGGCCGCCCUGGAGCAGUGGGUCAGCGAUCGCCUCCAUGACAUCCUGGGUUUGAGCGACCGCCACGUGUCUCAGUUCCUGAUCGGCGUGGCCCGCAGGGCGUCCAGUCCAGAGGACUUCCUGUCCCGCCUGCAAGACACCGGGACCGUCCACAUGGACCACAACGUCAUUGCCUUCGCCACGGAGCUGUACGGCAAGGUUCCCCGGCAGCAGGCUGCGGAGAAGCCGUCUCGGGCUCUGGAGCGUCAGGCCAUAGAGAUGGACCGGAAGAACCGAACGUACACCCUGCUGGAGGACAGCGAGGAGGAGACGGACGGCGUCCAGCAGGACAGACCCGGGAAGAAGACGAAGACCAGCAGAGACGGAGAACGUUGAAAGAGGAAGAACUUCAGACAGAAGACCGACCUUCCGUCGUCCAGCGAGGACGAAGCUCCGUCCAGGUUCUCUGUUACUCUGUCAGCCGAGACCGGAGGAGAACCGGGACGAGGAGGAGGAGAGGAGGAGGAGGAGUGGGAGGAGGAGGAGCGUCGGCGUCUGCAGGACCUCGAGGAGCGAGACGCCUUCGCCCAGAGAGUGAGACAGAAGGACAAGGACCGGACCCGGAACAUCGCCGAGAGGACGGACAAGAAGGCCUACGAAGAGGCCCAGAAGAGGCUGAAGAUGGCCGAGGACGACCAGAAGAACAUGCUCCCCCGGCUCCGGGAGGUGUCCCGCUGGGAGUACCUGAAGAAGCGGGAGCAGGAGAAGCUGGAGGACCUGGAGGCGGAGAUCCAGGACGAGGAGUACCUGUUCUCCUCCGCGGCCCUGACAGCCCGCGAGCAGAAGGAUCUGGAGUACAAGAGGACCCUGCGGGACCUGGCCCAGGACUACAAGAGGGCCGGCGCCCGGGAGCAGGAGGAGCGCCGCAACCGCUACUACAUGCCCCGGGAGAACCGCAGCAAGGUGGGGUCCGGCCCGGGCCGGGGGGGAGGUCCCCAGAGGGACCUGGACCUGGACGAGGCCCCCCCGGAGCCGGGGGGCGAGCAGGGCCGCUGGGAGGAGGACCGCCUGAGGACCGCCGCGCUACGCUUCGGGGCGAGAGAGGAGCGCGAGCAGGGAGCGAGGAGGGAGCGGGAGAAGUACCAGCUGCUGCUGGAGGAGGACCAGAUGAUCCACUUCGUCAGCACCGCCAUCACCAUGAGGGGCACCCGGGAGGAGGACCCGGAGCCGGUCCAGUCCCAGGCCCAGCUGAAGCAGCAGUCCAUGCAGGAGGUGCGCCGCAGCCUGCCCAUCUUCCCCUACCGGGACGCCCUGCUGCAGGCCGUCCAGCAGCACCAGGUCCUGGUCAUCGAGGGCGAGACCGGCUCCGGCAAGACCACCCAGAUCCCCCAGUACCUCAUGGAGGACGGUUUCACCAGAGGAGGGAUGAAGAUCGGCUGCACUCAGCCUCGCCGGGUUGCCGCCAUGUCUGUUGCGGCUCGAGUCGCCGAGGAGAUGAGUGUGAAGCUGGGAAACGAGGUGGGCUACAGCAUCCGCUUCGAGGACUGCACGUCGGAGAGGACGCUGCUCAAGUACAUGACGGACGGCAUGCUGCUGCGGGAGUUCCUCACAGAGCCCGACCUGGCCAGCUACAGUGUGAUUAUCAUCGACGAGGCCCACGAGCGCACGCUGCACACCGACAUCCUGUUCGGCCUGAUCAAAGACAUCGCCCUCCGGGCGGACCUGAAGGUGCUGGUGGCCAGCGCCACCCUGGACACCGAGCGCUUCUCCGCCUUCUUCGAUGACGCGCCGGUGUUCCGGAUCCCUGGCAGGAGGUUCCCCGUGGACAUCUUCUACACCAAGGCUCCGGAGGCGGACUACCUGGAGGCCUGCGUGGUGUCGGUGCUGCAGAUCCACGUCACCCAGCCGACCGGGGACGUCCUGGUGUUCCUCACUGGCCAGGAGGAGAUCGAGGCGUGCUGUGAGCUCCUUCAGGAACGUUGUCGUCGUUUGGGUUCUAAGAUCGCAGAGCUGCUGAUUCUUCCGAUCUACGCCAACCUGCCGUCCGACAUGCAGGCCAAGAUCUUCAACCCCACCCCGCCCGGAGCGCGCAAGGUCGUCGUCGCCACGAACAUCGCAGAGACGUCGCUCACCAUCGACGGCAUCAUCUACGUCAUCGACCCCGGAUUCUGCAAGCAGAAGAGCUACAACGCCCGGACCGGCAUGGAGUCUCUGAUCGUCACCCCCUGCUCCCGGGCCUCGGCCAAUCAGAGAGCGGGCCGUGCGGGCAGAGUGGCUGCUGGGAAAUGUUUCCGUCUCUACACGGCCUGGGCCUUCAAGCACGAGAUGGAGGAGACGACCGUCCCCGAGAUCCAGAGGACCAACCUGGGCAACGUGGUGCUGCUGCUCAAGAGCCUGGGCAUCAACGACCUGAUUCACUUCGACUUCAUGAACCCGCCCCCCCACGAGACCCUGGUCCUGGCUCUGGAGCAGCUCUACGCUCUGGGAGCGCUCAACCAUCUGGGGGAGCUCACCAAGCUGGGCCGGAGGAUGGCGGAGCUGCCGGUCGACCCCAUGCUGAGCAAAAUGAUCCUGGCUUCAGAGCAGUAUAAAUGCUCGGAGGAGGUGCUGACCAUCGCCGCCAUGCUGUCCGUCAACAACUCCAUCUUCUACCGGCCCAAAGACAAGGUCGUCCACGCCGACAACGCCCGCAUGAACUUCGUGGUUCCAGGCGGAGACCACCUGGUUCUGCUCAACGUCUACACCCAGGUUAUGGGUGAGUCAGGGUUCUCCACUCUGUGUUAUGAGAACUUCAUUCAGUUCCGCUCUAUGAGACGGGCGCGGGAUGUCCGGGACCAGCUGGAGGGCCUGAUGGAGCGCAUCGAGGUGGAGGUGGUGAGCUGCAGCGACGACAACGUGCCGAUCCGCAAGGCGGUGACGGCGGGGUACUUCUACCACACGGCCCGGCUCAGUAAAGGAGGCUACAAGACGGUGAAGCAGCAGCAGACGGUCUACGUUCAUCACAGCAGCCUGUUCGAGGAGCAGCCGCGCUGGAUCCUGUACCACGAGCUGGUCUUCACCACCAAGGAGUUCAUGAGACAGGUGGUGGAGGUGGAGAGCAGCUGGCUCCUGGAGGUGGCCCCCCACUACUACAAGAGUAAAGAGCUGGAGGACAGCAGCAGCAGGAAGAUGCCCCGCAAGCAGGGCAAGACCAAGGAGGAGCUGGGCUGAGGGCCCGGGGCCAGACGGACCCCCGGACCCCCCCCGGCCCCACCCAUACCCACCCAGACCCCCCCCGGCCCCACUGAACCCCCAGCAGACAGCAGGCCCUGCCAGCUCUCCACAGCAGAAGGACCAUCAGGAGUCGCUCUGCCGUCAGCAGACCAAUCACAGACUGAGUGGGCGGGGCCUGAUGCAGAGUGACAGUCUGUGGGCGGAGCCAAGGCCUGAUGGAGCUUCUCCUUUUUCUUCCUCCUGUUUCACAAUAAAGGUCUUUUUGAGA